AUGCUCAAUGAUUUUAAAUUGGUAAAAAGCAAAAAGAAAAAAAAACGUAAAAAAUUUUCAGAUUCGUCAUCAGAUUUAUCGUUUUCAUUAGAAAGUUAUGAAUUUAGGAAAGUAGAAACGGCUGUAAAAGAAUUUGAAUUAUCUCAAUUUUGUCAAAGCAUAUUAAAUGAUAUUAAUGAUUAUUUAACAUUUGUUAAUAAAAAUAGUAUUGAAGAAAUAAUUUGUUAUGGUCUUGGAAAUUUUUCCGAGAGUAAAACUGCUUUGCAUCAAUUAGCAGCUUUGAUAGUUUUACAAAAUAAGUAUAAACCUGAAGUAAAAAUAUAUGAUCCUGCGUUUAAUGUAACAGAAAUCAAAAUAUUAGAAAAACUAAAUUUUGAAUUAUUAUUAGAAAACGAAGAAGCUAAGAGAAAACUUUCUGAAAAUUUAGUGAGUCUUGUUUUUUUCCCCCAUUGUCCUAAACAAUUAAUUAAUAAUUUUUUGUGGGCUAAUUGGAAUAAUAAUUUAAAAAAUUGCAUCAUUAUUUCAAACAGUUUUUCAAAAAUUUUACAAGAUUGCACAGAAAAGACUAUUAAAGCCUCAGCAAAUUACAUAAAGAAAAUAUUUCCUAAAGUAAAAGAAAUAGAAAUUGAAAACAGUUAUUAUUUUGAUAAUAUUUUUAAUGACAUAUCAAUUCAUUACAUUAGUCAAAUCGAACUUGAUUGUGAUUUUUUUUUGAAUAGUUUAGAAACAGAACCAAUUUAUCACAGUGAUAUUGAAUUUAUAACUAAAAAGAUUACAGAAACACAAAUAAAUAAUGAAUAA